GGCACUCGGGAGCGAGCACGAGACAGCGGCCGCGGCUUUUGAGAGAAACCGUGGAAUUUUGGUAACGGCCUCCGUUUUUACCACAAUCACCGUUGUUUAAUCGCGGGCGAGACACCACGACGACAAAAAGGAGAUCAGACGUCUGAGAUAACUUCAGAGCCGAGAAUGGAGUGGCAGCCAGACGAGCAGGGACUUCAGCAGGUUCUCCAGCUCCUGAAGGACUCGCAGUCUCCCAGCACAGCCACACAGAGAGCUGUGCAACAAAAACUGGAACAGCUGAACCAGUACCCCGACUUCAACAACUAUCUCAUCUUCGUCCUCACCAGACUCAAAACCGAAGACGAGCCCACGCGCUCUCUCAGCGGUCUAAUACUGAAGAACAAUGUUAAGGCUCACUACCAGAACUUCCCCCCGCCAGUGGCGGACUUCAUCAAGCGCGAGUGUCUGAACAACAUCGGCGACCCCUCUCCCCUCAUUCGCGCCACCAUCGGUAUCCUGAUCACGACCAUCGCCUCUAAAGGGGAGCUGCAGACCUGGCCAGAGCUCCUGCCACAGCUGUGCAACCUGCUCAACUCUGAGGACUACAACACCUGCGAGGGGUCUUUCGGGGCUCUGCAGAAGAUCUGUGAGGAUUCUUCUGAGCUCCUGGACAGUGACGCGCUCAACCGACCCCUCAACAUCAUGAUCCCCAAAUUCCUGCAGUUCUUCAAGCACUGCAGCGCCAAGAUCAGAUCUCACGCCAUCGCCUGUGUAAACCAGUUCAUCAUUGGUCGAGCUCAGGCCCUGAUGGACAACAUUGACACCUUUAUCGAGAGCCUGUUUGCGCUGGCUGCAGACGAGGACUCUGAGGUGAGGAAGAACGUGUGUCGGGCUCUGGUCAUGCUGCUGGAGGUCCGAAUCGACCGGCUCAUCCCCCACAUGCACAGCAUCAUACAGUACAUGCUGCAGCGCACACAGGACCCCGAUGAGAACGUGGCUCUGGAGGCCUGCGAGUUCUGGCUCACCCUGGCAGAACAGCCCAUCUGCAAGGAGGUCCUGGCAGGACACCUAGUGCAACUUAUUCCCAUCUUGGUGAACGGUAUGAAGUACUCUGAGAUCGACAUCAUCUUGCUAAAGGGCGACGUGGAGGAGGACGAGGCGGUGCCCGACAGCGAGCAGGACAUCAAGCCGCGCUUCCACAAGUCGCGCACCGUCACCCUGCAGCACGAGGGCGGCGGGGGCGAGGAGGGAGAGGACAUCGAGGACGACGAGGACGACGACGACGACACGCUGUCCGACUGGAACCUGCGUAAGUGUUCGGCGGCGGCCCUGGACGUCCUGGCCAACGUGUUUCGCGACGACCUGCUGCCCCACCUCCUGCCCCUGCUGAAGGGCCUGCUGUUCCACCCAGACUGGGUCAUCAAGGAGUCCGGCAUCCUGGUGCUGGGAGCCAUCGCCGAAGGCUGCAUGCAGGGCAUGGUGCCCUACCUGCCCGAGCUCAUCCCGCACCUGAUCCAGUGCCUGUGCGAUAAGAAGGCCCUGGUGCGCUCCAUCGCCUGCUGGACCCUCAGCCGCUACGCGCACUGGGUGGUCAGCCAGCCGCCCGACUCCCACCUCAAACCCCUCAUGACCGAGCUGCUCAAACGCAUCCUGGACGGCAACAAGCGGGUGCAGGAGGCCGCCUGCAGUGCGUUCGCCACUCUGGAGGAGGAGGCCUGUACGGAGCUGGUGCCCUACCUAAGCUUCAUCCUGGACACGCUUGUGUUCGCCUUCGGGAAGUACCAGCACAAGAACCUGCUCAUCCUGUACGACGCCAUCGGCACGCUGGCCGACUCCGUGGGGCACCACCUCAACCAGCCGGAAUACAUCCAGAAGCUGAUGCCCCCCCUCAUUCAGAAAUGGAACGAGCUGAAGGACGAGGACAAAGACCUGUUCCCCCUCCUGGAGUGCCUGUCGUCAGUGGCCACGGCGCUGCAGAGCGGCUUCCUGCCAUACUGUGAGCCGGUGUACCAGCGCUGCGUCACGCUGGUGCAGAAGACCCUCGCCCAGGCCAUGAUGUACAACCAGCACCCGGACCAGUACGAGGCCCCUGAUAAGGACUUCAUGAUUGUGGCCCUGGACCUGCUGAGUGGCCUGGCCGAGGGCCUGGGGGGCCAUGUGGACCAGCUGGUGGCCCGCAGCAACAUCAUGACCCUGCUCUUCCAAUGCAUGCAGGACACCAUGCCUGAGGUGAGGCAGAGCUCCUUCGCCCUGCUGGGAGACCUGACCAAGGCCUGCUUCCCACACGUCAAGCCCUGCAUCGCGGAGUUCAUGCCGAUCCUGGGCACCAACCUGAACCCAGAGUUCAUCUCUGUGUGUAAUAACGCCACCUGGGCCAUCGGGGAGAUCUCCAUGCAGAUGGGAGCGGAGAUGCAGCCCUAUGUGGGCCUGGUCCUCAGCAACCUGGUGGAGAUCAUCAACCGCCCCAACACGCCCAAAACCCUGCUGGAAAACACGGCCAUUACAAUUGGCCGGCUGGGUUACGUGUGUCCUCAGGAGGUGGCCCCCAUGUUGCCGCAGUUCAUCCGUCCCUGGUGUACGUCCUUGCGUAAUAUCCGUGACAACGAGGAGAAGGACUCUGCCUUCCGCGGGAUCUGCAUGAUGAUCGGGGUCAACCCUGGCGGAGUGGUGCAGGACUUCAUCUUCUUCUGCGAUGCUGUGGCCUCCUGGGUGAGCCCCAAAGACGACCUGAGAGACAUGUUCUACAAGAUCCUGCAUGGCUUCAAGGAUCAGGUGGGAGAGGAGAACUGGCAGCAGUUUUCGGAGCAGUUCCCUCCGUUGCUGAAAGAGAGGCUGUCGGCCUGUUACGGCGUGUAGCCUGUCCGCCGGCGUUAAUCCUGAAGGGGCACCGCUUAAGGUGUGCCCGUGGGAGGGUUACUGGGAAACUCAUCCAGCUCUGUGUAAUUGCACUGCCCCGAUGGUGGGGGAGAGGGACACCACUGGCCCGCCCCCUCCGGACACCCCACCCCCAAGCCCCGUGUGUCUGUGAGGG